CUGAUACUAAGCAGACCGCCUUUGCGCACGUGGUUUGGCAUGGUUUGCUUCAUAGUGGCCCCUAGGAGCUCUCCAAACUCACGACAGUUUCACCCUCUGCGAAUCACGACCAGCUGUCCAGCCACAUCCAGUACCUUCAUCUCCCGAAUGACGAUUUCAGCAGCCUCCAAGUCGCAAUCAGGUGUCACGCAGUGGAACAGAAGCGCUUGUCACCCGCCGCCAGGUUCGACCCCAGCGCGACAUCAGCUCCCGUGA